GCUUUUGAUUGCUAUUUUAGUUUUCGCUCAUGAAAUGUGUUCAUUUGUUUAUGGCAUGAUUUUGCUUUGGAGUUUUUCAUCUAUGAGUGGCCAUUCUAAUAAAGCGAUAAGAAGGAUAUACAUGCCUAAAUAAUAGUGUCAAGCACAGUAAUAAACCUGAGGUUCGAUCGCCUUCUAAUCGAUUGAUUUAUUCAGUGAACGAAGCACUAGUUCGGAAAGAUGGCUGAUCCAGAGAAGAAAAUCUGCCGUUAUUUUAACACAUUAGGAGGUUGCUGGUAUGGAGAUAACUGUAAAUUUUUGCAUAUACCGAAUAAGAAGCCACCAUGCAAAUUCUAUGGUUCCUCAGCUGGAUGUCGCUAUGGAGAAGGUUGUCAUUUUUCACAUGACAGAACGCCAUUCAAAUCGGUGGAGAAUUAUAACAACAACCCGCCUGCUGAGUUAAUAAAAGAGGUUCUUAAAGAGAAUAUGAAUCCAAAUGAAUUAUCUGGAACAAAUAAUAAUAAUAUAACUCAAUCUAUUCUUACUAACAGUGAACAUCAAAAGAUAGAAAAUACUUAUAAAACAAUUAAUGACCAAUCAAUACAAAUUGUUUCAACUAUAAUCGACAAUAAUACUAAUAAGUUAAAUGUUACAUCUACUAUAGGAAGUAUGUUUAAUACAAAUGAAGUGAAGUAUUGUAAUACACUACAAAAUUCUAUAUGUUAUAAUUCAAUUCCAACGAAGUUGAAUAAUAUAACUGAUGAGAUAUAUUUGAAUGAAACAUCAAAUAAUCUUGAUUUAAGAAAAGAUGGUCAAAAUUAUACGAUAACUACAAUUUCAGAACAUCAAAAUGGCGCUUUGAAUGAUAUUGAAAUAUACUGUGGUUCAUGUAAACAUGGUUUAGAACGUCGAGAUAAUGAAAGUUAUUGUACAUUAUUGAAAGAUCAUUAUUUGGAGUGUUUUUUGGAUAAAGAAGGUGAUCAUGUGAAAUAUGUGAAAACAAAAGCUGCAUUAGAUCCUGGACAAAUGUAUUGGUGUAAAUCAUGCAUUCUAAUAUUUGAAAAACCUUGGUCAUUAUUUCAACAUAUGGCUGAUAAAGCUAAAGGCAGUAAAGUUCAACGAUGGGAGAAAAAAAUACAUCUUGAUUGGAUGGAUAAUGUAGCUGGAUUAAUGGCAGGUUAUGAUCUGGGUUUAUUCAGCCCUGCAAAACUAAAAGUCGAUCUGCGUAACUUGCUAGCUGAUCAACAUACAAUGGAGGAAGAAAUGGAGGCUGUAGCCAUGACAGCAGCUGCAAUGAUGCAGUGGUUAGCUCCACUAAGUAGCCCUUGGCGUUUGCAGCAAAGGGAAAUGAUGCGAAAAAUUGAGCAACUUAAUCGUCAAAUGUUGCGUAAAGCUAAUUUAGGUCUAAAUGCAGGACUAAGAAGUUAUAAUGUAAGAGCUGCAUUACCUCCUGCACCAAUAUCUACACAUGCAUCAUCGUGUCACAUACACUCACCAAAUAGCAAAACUGUCAUUUCGUUACCUUCAACACCUGUAUCAAAACUGACAGAAAGUCAAUCAAGUACAUUUUCAAAUAAUGGCUUAAAAAUGGACAAUUGUGAUCGACAUUCUCCUGCUAAAUUUGUCUCAUCAUGUAUAGAUCAUAACAGUGUACUUGCUGAAAGUGAAACAAAUCAUAACGUGGAGAAAGAUGACAUCAGUGAACCAAGUAAUGACAUAGUUGGUCCUGUCGGAGAUGGAGAGUAUACUUGGCCAGAAUCUACUGUAAGUGACCAAGAAGAAGUGGAGUUUUCCACGAAAACUGGGGCAUCAGGAGAUAUUCCUCGAAGGACAUUAAGUAAUGGAGUAAAAUUUACAUCAGAAGUCGAGGAGGAAUCGGAUACGAUAUUCAAGGUAGUAGAUUCAAAUAAUACUAACAGUAGUUGUUCGGUACAUAUGUCAAAUAAAUACAAUGACAAUAUACGUAGAAAAGAAGUAAAGCGCCCUCUAAUAUAUUCCAGUAGUACAGGUGCCUUAAGUGGCAAGAUAUCCAACUAUUCAGGAAUAUUAAAUCCGAAGUAUCUAGACGAACCACUUAGAUAUCAUGGUCGAAAUAAUCGGUCACUUAGUUUUGGUCAUAAUCACCUGUUUGGAGCCUAUCGUAAUACACAUCAUGUUAUAAAUCGUGGAAGAACAGGAAUGAGUGGAAUAUCAAGUCACAGGACAAAUACUUUCAAUCCUCCAAGUUUUCAUGCUAGCCUUGAUAUGAAUUUCGGCUUCACAAAUGAUGAAGUAGAAGAGUUACUAUCUAGAGGGAUAAAACCUUGGGAUAGUGAAGCAUCAGCUACACUUGCUGUCCUACGAGGAGAACUAGAUCAUCACUUAUUGGAUUGAUAAGUUUUUUUGACUAGAAAUGUAUUGUUUUUCACAUGUAUGUAGUGAAUUGUUAAUUUUCAAUGAAUUCAACACAUCCAUUAGGGAUGGUAAUACUCGUUUCUGUUUUAUAGUUUAUGAGAUGACCAACUUUGGUGGUAUAUAAAAAUUCAAUUUCAAGUAUUGUUUUGAAAAGAAAACAAUAUAGUUUUAUGCCUUCUUUUACCUUUAACACUCUUUAAGUCUUACAGAAGUGAUGCAUUACUUAACGUUUCCUUGCUUCAUCUUAAUUUAUAACUUCAAACAAAAGGUCUUACACUAUACAAUUUAACGUAUGGUAACUUAUGAAGAAAGUCUGAGAUUUAUGAGUUGGUGAUGAAAAUUCACUUGUUGGUUUAUAAUUUUCUCUAUAACACACUAUACACUAUACAACUUCAUUAUUUUUCUAAUCUGAUUACCUUUUAGCUUAUCUUUUCCUUCUACAAAACUAUCUUUACCCUUAUUUUCUUCUUUUCAUUGACCAACUGCACAGGUGUUUAGAUGUUUCUAAAGAUUAUCAGAUUGUUCGAUUUGUUGAUAAUUUUGUGUUACCAGUUAAGUAUUCCUAUGAAAGUUCAAUAAUCUAUCUUCUUUCAUUGUAUAUGGUUAAAAGUCGAUCUGGAUUGAGAGAUCCCAAGUCACUAUUCACUUGAUGUCUAUCUCUUCAUGUUGUCUAUUUAUCAUUCCAUAUUGUUUACUAUAUUCACAUGGCUUAAAUAUACAUAUGUUUGAUUGUAAACAAUACUUUCAACAGAUUUAUCUAUACAGUAUUUACAUCGAAACUAUUACCAUAGGUUGACUAAUAAAACACUAGCUGUUCUAAAAGCUUAUGUUUUAUAGAAGAACCUUCAAUUUCGUAUAGUAUUCAUACAUAUCCAUACAUGAAGCAGCUUCAAAGAUUUCUAUUCACUUCAAAGUUUUGACAAAUGGAUUCAUUGUCAUUAUAUUAUGUGAACAUCUUAUUCACUAAACACAAAAUAAUGAAAUUAUAUUCUAUUCAACUUGUGAGUGUAUCUAACUCUGUUGCCUCUCUCUAUUUCUUUAUCUCCCCACCUGUAGUAAUACUUCAACUUUUAUCCUUCUGAUAUAUAUAUAUAUAUAUAUAUAUGUGCUUGGUUUCUUUUUUUUGUGCUUAUAUAUCAAGGCAAUCUAGAAUCAACUGUUUACUUUCUCACUCUUUAUUGAUUGAUUAAAAGUAUCGUUAUUAUUCUGUUCAGUACAGCAAAGUAAAAGUCAUGUUUGCUCAAGAGAAAAAAAAAAAGGACAAUUUGUCUUCUUGUCUUAAACAAUUACAAUUCAUGAUAUCAGAUGUUCAAACUGAAUUAUUCUUUAAUUCACAGUUCGUCUUAGAUUUCUUGUUAGAUGUCAACAGUUGAAAUUUACAAAUCAGAUUUUCAUGAAUUUUCA